CAAAACUUUAACUUGAAAAAUUUUGCCUUUUCGUGCCAUCAUGGCACCCCUUCUGGGGCUCUUCGACAGCGCGGACCAUUCAUGGUUGAAGCAGCUAAAGCCAGACCCAGAGACAGAGAAAUACCAGCCAAACAAACGAAGUCGACAAGUGAAAUCAGGCCACUAUGUUUUGGUGGCGCCCACUCCUUUGCCGGAGCCGAAGCUGCUGAUACAUUCGCCUCCCAUGGCAGAGGCCCUUGGAAUCUCCGAGGAAGAGCGCCAGUCGAAGGAGUUCACAGCCUUUUUCUCCGGACAGCAGACUUCGGGUGGCAAGCUCCAAUCCUGGUGCACGCCGUAUGCCCUAGCCAUCAUGGGUCAACCCAUGGUGAGAAAUUGCCCCUUCGGCAAUGGAAAUGGGUAUGGAGAUGGGCGCGCUAUUUCUAUAGGUGAAGUUCUCGUGAAAGGGCAACGUUGGGAGAUGCAGUUGAAGGGUGGUGGACAGACUCCCUUCUGCCGGGGUGCUGACGGCCGCGCAGUGCUGCGCUCCAGCGUUCGGGAGUUCUUGGCCUCAGAGGCAAUGUUCAACCUGGGUGUUGAUACCACCCGAGCCCUGUCCCUCAUCGUCUCCGACGGGGGCGAGAUGGCUGAGAGGCCCUGGUAUUCCGCCAGCAAUCACGACAGCGACCCGGACAUGAUGAUCCAUGAGACCUGUGCGAUAACCACCCGUGUGGCUCCCAGCUUCCUCAGGGUUGGACAUAUCGACCUCUUCGCACGAAGGGCCACAGCGAGCUCUGCAAGUCCUGAGCAGAUCAAAGAGCACGAGCUCAUGGUCGAGCAUGCAUUGUUUCGCGAGUAUCCAGACUGUUGCCCUGGUGCCCCAUUGCCACAACGCGCUUGCGCGAUGAUGCGGCAAGUGUCCAAACGCUUUGCAAAGCUGAUUUCUGGAUGGCUGAGAGUGGGAUUCUGCCAAGGCAACUUCAACGCAGACAACUGUCUUGUUGGUGGACGAACCAUGGACUAUGGCCCUUUCGGUUGGAUUGAGCGCUAUGAUCCUAGCUUUGCAAAAUGGGUUGGUUCGUCCAUGCACUUUGCCUUCAUGAAUCAGCCUCAAGCAGGUUUGGCGAACUAUGCAACCCUAGCAAAGUCCAUGCAGCCGCUGCUCCCGGUUGAAACCCUCCAGGACUUGAUUCAAGAAGCACAAGAAGAGAUGCGCAUCGCGGUGGCUGCCAUGUGGCGCUCCAAGCUCGGCUUUAAUUUUGACAUCUCCAGCGAGGUUCAGGUAGAAGCGGACGCCUUGUGGAAACAGUUGGAGUCCAUGAUGCGCUUCUCCGUAGAUUUCACCAUGCUUUUUCGCCUGUUGGCACAGUCUCUUGAAAUCGAGGAGGAAGUCUCUGCGGCAGAACUCGUGCCUGGCUCCUUGGUGCGAAUCCAUGGCUUAAAGUCUGAAGCACUGAACGACACCAAUGGCACCUUGUUGAACUUCGUCUCGAGCAGCGGUCGUUGGGCUGUUGCCACCCAGGACGGUGAUAAGUCUCUGAAGCCCGAGAACCUCGAAGCCCUGCAGAGCGGCGACCAACUGUUUGCCACCAUUGCGCCGGCCUUCUACGAUGCUCCGAGCCCUGAGCGCCGGGCCGCCUGGCUCGCUUGGCUCCGCCGCUGGCGUUCCCUGGACGGCGGAGGCACAGAAGAAGCACGAGCAGAGGCGAUGCGCCAGCUGAAUCCAAAGUACAUACCACGGGAAUGGAUGCUAGUGGAGGCGUACGAUGCCGCCUCAAGGGGAGACUAUAGCAUUAUGCAUGGUCUCUAUCAGCUCUUCCUGCGGCCAUAUGAUGAGCAGCCGGAGUUUCAUGAAAAGUACUUCCGGUUAACCCCUCCGUGCUAUCGAGGGAAAGGAGGCGUUGAAAUCAUGACCUGAUCUUCUUAGGGCGGGUGCCUGCACUGACUGGAGGCUGCA